AUGCACGGCGUCCCCCAGGAGCGGAGCGCACCGGGUCCUCCGGGGAGACGCUCUGGAGCGGAGCACAUGGGACUCCCUAGGGGGCUGCACAGGAGCAGGGGACCACCUCGUGUUAAUGACCCUUGUCCCAAACAAGGUCAUGUACACAGCUGCAGGGGCUGGAGCAGCCACGAGUGGAAGAAACUGAUCAUGGUCCACCACUGGCCGCCCACCGUGUGUGAGGAAGUUGGAAAUGACUGUAGCAACACUCUGGAUUACUGGACCAUCCAUGGACUAUGGCCUGACAAAGCAGAAGAGUGUAACCGGUCCUGGCACUUUAAUUUAGAAGAGAUUAAGGACCUUAUGCCGGAAAUGAAGAUGUACUGGCCUGAUGUAAUCCACCACUCUUCCAACAGCAGCCAGUUCUGGAGACAUGAAUGGGAGAAACACGGAACCUGUGCCGCCCAGCUGGAGGUCCUCAGCUCCGAGAAGAAGUACUUCGGCAAAAGCCUAGAGCUCUAUCAACAGAUGGACCUCAACAAUAUGCUCCGGAAGUUGGGGAUAAAGCCAUCCAUCAAUUACUACCAGAUCGCAGAUAUCAAAGACGCCCUGGCCAGCAUCUACGGAGUUAUGCCCAAAGUCCAGUGCCUUCCACCAACACAGGAUGAGAAAGUACAGACCAUCGGCCAGAUAGAAUUGUGUCUUACAAAGGACCUGGUGCUACGGAACUGCACUGAGCCCGGACACUCGGCCUCCCUCAAGCCAAAGGCCACAUGGACAGGUGUGGUCAGCCUGGAGGUCUGUGAGGAUGGCCCCGUGUUCUACCCCCCACCCAGAGAGACCACACGGAAACCCCCUGAGCUUUGA